CUUCACCUCCAAAACCCCGAACCACGAUACCCCGCGACAUCUACGCCUUCGCAAACGAGUGAGGUCCCGCCCGCUUCGCGUCGCUAAAUACCUCGACUGCUCCGGAUCCUUUGGCUUGCGACAAUUUAAAGAAACCAGUACAUGCGACCCGGCGCCGCGGCCGCUAUUGCGAGAAAACAUUACGACUUCAACAUUUGACGGACGACCCGAACCCACGAUCGAGCUCGCACACCUCGCCUGCCAGUCGUCGCGGCGAUAACACGUAACUAUGGAGAAGCCCAAUGCUCUCGGUAUUUCCGCCGACGAAUUCAAAGCCAUUGAGCAGACGCGACAGCGUCUGUUCCAGCUGUCCAACAGCAUCCAGGGUUUGAAAAUUGACGUCCUAAAGAGCAACCCGCUCCCGCCCCCAUCAUCCCUUCAGGCGCAAUCCCAGAUCCUCCUCCGCAACCUGCAGUCCCUCCUCGAGACGCUGACGGAGAACACCCACGUCUUCCAGCACCUGCAUGUUUACCCGGACGUCGCGUACCCGGGCCGCGUGCACGAGAAUAUCCUCCUGCAGCUCCUCCGCAAGAAGCUCGAACCGGGCGUCGAAGAGUGGGUCGAGCGCGGGCGCGAGACUACGAGAGAGUUGCGUGCGUCUUCUUCCGAAGGCGGCAGCGGCGGCGCGGGCGAGGCCGGACUUGAAGAUGUCUGGCGCGGAGUGCGCGAGUGGACCGUUGAGCGCGUGCAGCGGUACGUUCUCGAAGAGGCCGGUGACGUCUACACCGAGGAGGAGCGCGAGCGCGGCAUUGAGAACGUGAGGACGGGACUGAAGCGGAAUCUCGAAGACGACGAGGAAGAAGAAGAGGAGAGCGAUGAGGAAGGUGGCGGUGAUGGUGGUGGUGAGGACGGUGAUAUCAUCAUGUCCGGGCAGGAUCAUCAGCAGCAGCAGCAGGCGAAGCCGCCGAAGCCAACGGGUCCCGAACCCGAGAUGCUGUUUUGGUUCGAGGCGAGAGGGGACUUUGACUUGCCGCGGAACGUAGACCUGUUGAGCCAGGCGGGCACAAAGCGCGGGCAGAUGGGGGCGAGGAAGUAAAAAUGGUUUCCCGAGGUUCUAGGGAGGAUAUGAUACCCAGCCGUGACGACGGCCUCCGACCCGUAGAUGAGAAUAUCUACAAAAAACCAAUCGCGUUCAGAUGAUCCGGUU